AUUUUUUUAUGAUAGAACACAUUCACCUUAUAAAUAACUUUUAAGUUCCCCUCUUUCCCUUCAACUUCAAAGCGAUUAAGCAAAAUUUCACUUAUUGUUGUUCUUGAUAUAUCUAGAGUAUUUGCAUUAUGACAUGGAUAUUGUUAUCACUUUUAAGUUUUUCUUUACUCAGUUCUAUAUAAUAUUUUUGAAUUUUAAUGUGACAGGCAGUCAUAUUCUAGUGAGUCGUCCUGGUAUUGGUCGAAACCCUAAAACAUGGGACGAGCCACUCAUCUACAAGCCUGAGCGUCACCUAACCGGUGAUGAAGUGAUGUUGACUGAGCCAGACAUGCGACUCGUUUCAUUUGGAACCGGUAGGCGUGGCUGCGUUGGGACUAAGCUUGGGACCUAUAUGAUUGUUACAUUGCUGGGAAGGCUUCUUCAAGGAUUCGACUGGACGCUUCCUCCAAAGACGGCCAAAGUCGAGCUAGUCGAAUCGAAAGAAAACUUAUUCAUGGCUAAACCUCUCUUGGCUUGUGUCGAGCCUAGAUUAGAUCCCAACAUGUAUCCUAAACGUCGGACCAGACUGGCUUGAUCACAACGGUUAACUAUGACCCAUUAGUUGUUUUUCGAAUUUCGUAUUUAUUUUACACAUUUAUGAAAAUUAAGAAAAAUAUUUAACAAAA